AUGUCACUUCGGCAUCGGGCGGCAAAUAGCCCACGACCUAAACGCUUAUCUUCGACAAAUGAGCCUGUUAUUAAGCUCGAACUUGGUAUCUGUGGUUGGAUAUUGAUAAUAUUUGCAUAUUUUAUUGUCUUCCUAACGCUGCCCUUUUCUGCAUGCGCUUGUAUUAAGGUCGUACAAGAAUAUGAACGGGUAGUGAUAUUUCGAUUGGGAAGGUUGAUGACCGCUAGAGCUCGCGGGCCUGGCUUGUUUUUUAUUUUGCCAUGCAUUGAUUCCUACAGGAAAGUGGAUUUACGUGUCGUAUCCUUUGAUGUACCACCGCAAGAGAUUUUAUCGCGUGAUUCAGUCACAGUGGCUGUAGAUGCAGUGAUAUAUUUUCGUAUUUCGAAUGCAACUGUAUCUGUAACGAAUGUUGAAGAUGCCAGUCAUUCGACGAAGCUAUUAGCGCAAACAACGCUUAGGAACAUCCUAGGGACAAAGACGCUGGCUGAAAUGCUCAGCGAUCGAGAAGCUAUCUCAAUGCAAAUGCAAAAUACUCUGGACGAAGCAACCGAUCCAUGGGGUGUGCGAGUGGAACGAGUGGAAGUGAAAGAUGUUCGUCUACCUGUACAGUUACAACGUGUCAUGGCCGCUGAAGCUGAAGCUGCACGUGAAGCACGUGCUAAGGUAGUAGCUGCAGAGGGUGAGAAGAAAGCUUCUACAUCUCUUAAUGAGGCUGCAAAUAUGAUCGCCGAAUCGCCAUGCGCAAUUCAGCUGCGGUAUCUUCAAACCCUCAAUUCUAUCAGUGCCGAGAAGAAUUCAACAGUAAUAUUUCCAUUUCCGAUAGAACUUAUUCGGUUAUUUAUCCCGCAAAGUUCAUAA